AUGCAGCAGAUAGAGUCGGGAGCCGCUUUCAAUGAUAUUGCAUUCCAGCCCCAACUCCCAUUGCGAAAUGACAGUAAGGAACGAAAAGAUUCUGAUGGAGGUACGAGAAUCAAACCUGAUAAGUUGGACAUGAGCGCAACGGGUUUGAUCGACUCUCAAAGUUCCCCGAAAAAGAAGCUAAAUAGCCGCGUUCUCUAUUGCGACAUCCUUGGUUCUGAUGGAACCUUGCCCCUUGGUUGCCGAAAUCAGGAAGGAAACAAAGACAAAUGA